UAUUCAGUAUUUUGAUUUAUAUUUGCUGUAGGAAAGCGUAGUUCAACGUUUGAUGAAUUACACCAAUAAAAACCCAUGGCUCUGGGCUGUGUACGUAAUUGUUGUCGGCCUGCCUUUAGUGCUGAUCUUCACAUUCUGCUGCAAUUCCCAGGAAAAACAAGAUGCCGCUCGUGCCGCUCUACAGAAAAAAACAGAUGAAGCCGGUGAAGAUGACGAAGGAGGUGAUGACCAACAAAAUGAGGAUGAGAGUGAAGGUGUGCCUCCGUUAGAAGGGGAAGAAGAUGAAGUCAAAGACGAUGAUAAUGCCAAAGAUGACGAAGCCGAAGAAGAAGGUUCAGAAGAUGCUGCAGUUCCUGAAGAACCUGCAGUUGAGAAGGGAACUCGUCGACGAGCCCGAAAAGAUUGAUCGAUUGCUGUUCAAAAUUUAUGUGCAGUUUAUAAGAAAAAUGAAUGAACGAACAUUAAUGAUUUGAUAUGCAAACAGAACAAGGAAAGAAAGAGGUUGUCAUUGUAACACGUUUAGUGUGCUAUUCAGUAGAACGGAACGCAGUUUCGGGUAUGUCCAUUUAAUAAUACUAUUUCAUGUCUCAAGAGCGAAAUACCACCCCUAAAAAUUCUCUAAAA